CGUAGUGUGGCAAUAACCCUACUGCACUUAGAUUAUCUUCUAAUAAGUAGCUUCUCAUUCGUCUGGUACUUCAUCUGUCGCUUUCGUCUUUUCGUCGCAUCGUUAGUGUCUAGGCUAGGCUUCCAACGACUUUCUCUAAUAAAUCCAUUCCGCUCUCCUUCAAACACAGCAACCACCCACACAACAUUGAAGGCACAAGUGGAUGCGCUAGCUGUAGCGGCAAUAGACUGUGUUAUUGGUCUUCUCUACAGUUCCACUCCUUCUAAAAAUUUAGACUUUGAAAAGUCCUAGGUAGAAGAAGUACUUUUUAGUCAUUAUUUUUAGUCAAUAAAUUAGGUAGAAGAAGUACUAGUAUUUUUGUAAUUUGAAGAUCAAUUCUUCAAUGUCUGCAUGGAUGAGGUUUAAAAACUGUCCUUACACACGUACGCAUAAAUGAUCGGAUAUCUGAGAUUGUAGACGCGCAUAUCGAAUGCAUGCUUCUUGAAGAAUCUUCUAUUGCUUAAUGCUAUUGGAG